AUGGAUUCCCCUAAGAAUAUGCCACCGGACUCCUUGAUAAGGAGAGAUGACGGUAGACGGUUCUGGCAGGGCAAAAAUGGAAAUGAGGACGAAAUGAUUGGAACUGCUGAGGCACAGCCGGGAAUGUCAGAAGUCGACCUUCAAGGCUCUCGAGAAUUUCUGGCUAAGCUGGGGAUUGGAACUGGUCCCGGCUUGCGAACUCUCAUGGAUGCCUUGGAAGGAGGUGCAGGAAUCGGGAGAUUUACUCAGGGCGUCCUCUUAGGUCUCGCUGAGCAGGUUGAUGUGAUCGAGCCAAUUGUUAAAUUCACCGAAAGACUCCAUGGAAGAAGCGGUAUCCGGGAUAUCUUCAGCGUCGGCUUAGAAGAAUGGGACCCGGCUCAGGAUGUCAAGUACGAUUUAAUUUGGAAUCAAUGGUGUCUCUGCCACCUCACAGAUGAGCAGUUGGUUCAGUAUUUGAGGAGGUGUAAUACAGCCCUCAGAGCAGGUACCGGGCUUCUUAUUAUUAAGGAGAAUUUGAGCAUCCGUGGAGUUGACGUGUUCAACAGCACUGACAGUACUGUUAUAAGGGAGGAAAGCAAGUUCUCAAGUAUAUUCCGGCAAGCCGGCUUACAAGUAGUAAAGUCACAACUUCAGCGCGGCUUCCCUAGAAACCGUCUACCCGUGAAGAUGUAUGCGCUUAAAUCAAGCGAAGUUUGA